AUGUAUUCCUCUACAGGCCCAAACAACUCGGUAGCCUAUUACAAUGGCCAGAUCUAUACAGUUAAUCCUGCCCAGCCAUGGGCCCAGGCUUUCAUUGUAUCGGCAACUGGUAUAAUCGAAGCAAUUGGUACCGAAGAGGAGAUUCUAAAGAUCGCCAGCUCGCGCAACCUCAUCCGAUAUGACCUCGCUCAACGAUUUGUCAUGCCGGGCAUCCACGAUGCCCACACUCAUAUUUUACUCGCCAGUAUGCAAGCUCUGAACGAGUCAUCUAUUGGUUUCGAUUCGGGUGCGAACAAUAUUGGCCAACGAUUGCAGGAUGGUAUAUGUGCUUGCGCGUAUCACAAUGUGGCAGGAGACUGGGUAAUUGGCAAUUUCUAUCAAGCGAGUUUCUUCCCCGAUGGUAUCCCCGAUCGGAAAUAUCUGGAUUCUAAGUAUCCGACCACGCCGGUACUCGUGCGGGAGGUCUCAUGUCAUCGGAUUCUUCUCAACACUGCCGGUUUGAAGAGGGCAGGCAUCGACCCUAAUCAUGCAGUAGAUCCUCCAGGUGGCUUUUAUGUCCGCCGUUCUGAUGGAACCCUGACUGGAGAAGUGGCUGAAAACGCGAUGAGCCAGGUCUUCUCCAAGCUUCCCAUUACACCCCUAUCCCAUGCCAAACGAGCUUUGGAGUUUGGUAUACGCAUGUGUCUCAAGUAUGGGAUCACUUCAUGUCAAGAGGCCUCCGCCAACUCGUUAUACCUCCAUGCCCUCCAGGAACUGGAACAGGAAAACCGCCUUGACCUAGACAUUUACACCCAUAUUGUCUGUGCACCUGAGACAUUUGCCAUGGAGCCUCGUGAGAGUCUUGCCGCCUUACUAGACGUGGCCAAUGGCUUCCGCAGCCAACAUGUGCACACAAAUUUCGUCAAGUUCUGGCUCGACGGGGCGCCAUUACCGCCACAAUUCACCCAGUGUGACCUUGAUGCAGAGGGACGCCCGGAGAAGAAGCACAUGGUGAUUGACUGGGGCUUUUUGGAGGAGGCAGUAACCAAGUAUGAUGCGCGGGGCAUGACCUGCAAGCUUCAUGUUGCGGGUGAAGGAUCGGCUCGAGGGGCGCUAGAUGUUUUGGAAAGAGUUCGAAAGGCCAAUCCCAAUGGACCAAGACAUGAGCUUGCGCAUUGUAGUGCAGUUCACGAGGAUGAUGUCCCUCGUUUUGCGAACAACCGAAUCACUGCUGAAAUGUCGCCUGCUAUUUUCCAUGAGCCUGUCGUCAAGGAGAUACCACACCUUCUCAAAUGGCCUUUCAAUCGGGUCUUGGAAACAGGAGCACAUAUGACCAUCGGUUCAGAUUGGCUUUUGCCAGAAACACCAAGCCUUUUUGACGCACUUGCUGCCAUCGUCGAAAGAGUGGAAGUUUGGCCAGGUGGCCGUAGAAGCUCGGCUCUGGAGCUCGGAAAGUCUAAAAAGGAGCGAGGAGGAGAGAUUCUUUGCCGAGUCAUUACACUGAGCGGCGCAGAGGCGGUUGGGGCACAAGACCGAACUGGAAGUCUGGAAGUGGGAAAGAAGGCAACUUUCAUCGCUGUAGAUCGCGAUUUAAGCAAGGGCAACUUCUCUAGUGCUACUGUCUUGAAGACAUGGUUUGAGGGCCGGCUGGUCUAUGACUGCAAGGAUUAUGAGUCGGUUGCGAUACCAUCGACCUCAAACAGCAAACUUUGA